CACGUAAAGUAUUCCGAUGCAUCAUACAGUUGCUAAACAACAACAGCAAAGAGCUGUUUAAAAAAAUAUAUUCCUCACAUUUCUGUAUUCUAAUUAAAUUAAUCCAGAUGUCUGACACAAGGGGUGAGUGGCAGGUCGCACGCCGACGAAAAGGUGCGUCCAAAAGUUUAAAGAGUUUGCGUGUGUCUCCAACAUGCUGUCAAACCCCGUUGGAUGUCGGUAAAACUAUCAAGCGGAUCAAAGAAACCGUGGCUGAACUCAAAUGUGAAGAAGUUUGGAAAGAAUGGAAAGAUCAGAUCCUACCAUCUUUGAACCACAAGAACAUUAAGGAUUCAGCGGAAAUAUUCCACGAGAGUUUGGAUGACAAAAUAAGUCCAUUUCAAUGUGUGUGUUAUGGCUUGGGCACCUUUUCCUCGUGUGUGUCUGCACGCUACCAGCUGGCCAUGAUGCUCUUGCUCCUGGAUGCAGGAAAGAUUCUACUCAAAGACUGUUUUGUUUUUGAUCCUGCUUUCUCCCCUGGAGAAAAAGAUGUCCUGAGAGCAUUGGGUCUGACUGUUCUCACAGAAAAUGAGGAGGGGAAGCGACUGGCCACCAAACCUACCCUCUUUUACCUGAUGCAUUGUGGGAAAGCCUUGUACAACAACCUGCUGUGGAAGAACUGGAGUGCACAAUGUUUGCCCCUCUUGAUGAUAAUAGGAAACAGCUUUAGCAGCAUGAGAGAGAGGAUGCUUGAGAAAGAAUUUCAGAGGGACUACAGAUACAUCAGCCUGGCAGUGACUGUAUGUGAGGACAGACCGCUAACCUGUCCAUCUCGUCUUUUGGACGUCUUCGGUGACACUGCACUCGUCACUUUUAAGUCUAGCGCCCUUAUUGGUCUGCCACAGUCUACUUGGACAGAGACGCCUGAACCAUUAUAUCAGCACUGCCCGGAUUUGGAGAUAAUACAGAACGAACCCAUAAAAACGACCGACAGUUAAGGGUGGCAUCUUUUCUUUUAAUAUGAUGGACACAAAGCACUGCUGGAUAGAUAGAUGCACCAGAGCAGCGAUGUGAUAACCAUGGACAUUUAGAGAAGCAGUAUCUUUUUUUCUUUUUUUUAAACCUACCCAAAAUUGUUGUGUUUUAUCAUUUCUCUGCCUUCUCCUUUAUUGUGAUGUCUGUUUUCUUCAGUUCAUUAGUCCCCAGCGAGGGGCGGACACUAAGGGACACCUGCAACCCAUUUCAACCUAGGAGUAUUUAAGCUCGUCACUGACAGCUUGGUCUUGCCAGUUAUUGUCUCCUGAACCUCCCACGUGCAUGCGCCUGCUUCACCUCGUCAGUCCUGGUACGUUGUCUCUCCUUAGCCCUGUAAUCCCUCACCUCUUUGUGUUUGUUUCCUAGCCUCCCUUAGGUAAAGAGGAUUCUGUGUUGGACUUUAUGCUGUGCUCAGUGCGCCCUGGCUUUUUCCCCUGCCGACCACUGAGGAACCUGUUUUUGUUUGUAAUUCGUGGUGUGCACUUCUGCCCCAUCGUCUUUUGUUCCACUUUUCGGACUUAUUAAAUUUUUCCCUUUUUGUAAUUCAA